UACAAAACGGAUCAAUGCAUCAGAAGGAAGGAGUAAAUGAUGAAGACUUUGAACCUUACCUAAGCAGCCAGACAAAUCAGGUGUGUGUGAAUCCCCAUUCUAACCAAGCCUUUAGCCAUGCAGCUUGACAUUUCAUAGCAUAGAGAGGAUUAGCCUUUUGAUCUGUAUGAACCCUCAGAAUAGUGUCAGAUGGCGGUACAGGGUCAGGCUACAUAUGAGGGUGUAUAGCAUGGGUACUCAAAUACUAUUUGAGGAGGUCCGGUCACACAGAUUUCCUAGGCAUUUAUCGGCGUAGUAACAAACCCCCACCUCGCGACCCAUGCGAACAAAGAGAGCUUCAAACCACUCUGCCAAUAACAGCUAGUUUUCCCCCUUCCCACUCAGACUCCUCCCAGACAGUCCUAGCAAAAUUCUUGCUUGAGAAAGAGUUUUUUGCUAAAUUAGCUAUUUUUGCCAAUUUUAAUGGAAAUCUAUUACAGUAAGGUACUUAAUUGGUACCCAGAAUUAUUUGAAUGUUAUUUUUUUAAAUCAUUAUCUCCCGAGUGGCGCAGUGGUCUAAGGCACUGCAUCGCAGUGCUAGCUGUGCCACUAGAGAUCCUGGUUCGAAUCCAGGCUCUGUCGUAGCCGGCCGCGACCGGGAGACCCAUGGGGCGGCGCACAAUUGGCUCAGCGUCGUCCAGGGUAGGAGAGGGAAUGGCCGGCAGGGGAUGUAGCUCAGUUGGUAGAGCAUGCCGUUUGCAACGCCAGGGUUGUGGGUUCGAUAAAAUAAUGUAUGCGCUAACUGUAAGUCGCUCUGGAUAAGAGCGUCUGCUAAAUGACUAAAAUGUAAAAUGUAAAUGUAAAAUGUGUUGACCCUGUUCUGGGUCUGGAUACGGACCGCUGUCUGCCUAUUGAGGAUGGCUGGUGUAUAGAGUAUUACCUCUGAACAAAGACACUGUAUAGUAGGCCUAUGUUAAUAAGAAGCUAUUGAUAGAUAACUAACACUCAUUUUGAAAAGUAAAAUAAUUUAGCUAUGAGUGAAAUUAUUGUUGAUUAAAAAUACUCUGGGUGGUGUUAAUCUUCUGCGUGGGUGACAAGCUUACUUUGUUUUACAGAAUUCUAUUGAAAUGUAGCCAAGAACAAACCCACCAUAGGCCACGCCAAUUUACUUAUGAAAUGAAUCCAUACAAACUCUAACAAUUAUUACAACAACAACUGACAGAUUAUUUUAACACUGUUGCUAACUUCACUUCUUGCUAAGGGAAACAGAUAUUUGAUAGAGCUAGUAUCCAUCAUUUCUACUGAAAGCCAGUCUUGCUCCUUUAAAGAAACGCUGAUUUUAUUUCUUAGUUACGCUUUUGAGCAGAGAUGGGCAAGAUUAGGUUUGUCUUAGCUACUAUCACUAAGGUCAUCCAUUAACUGACCCCUGUUCUCCCCAUCUACAGAAUAACAGCUACCCACCAAUGUCCGACCCCUACAUGCCCAGCUACUAUGCUCCCUCCAUAGGCUUUCCUUACUCCCUGGGGGAGGCCCCCUGGUCCACCGCGGGGGAUCCCCCCAUGCCAUACCUGACCACCUACGGACAGAUGAGCAACGGCAAGCACCACUUUAUCCCCGACGGGGUGUUCAGCCAGCCGGGCGCCCUGGGCAACACCCCUCCCUUCCUCAGCCAGCCGGGCGCCCUGGGCAACACCCCUCCCUUCCUCAGCCAGCCGGGCGCCCUGGGCAACACCCCUCCCUUCCUCAGCCAGCACGGCUUCAACUUCUUCCCUGGAAACGCAGACUAUUCCACCUGGGGCACCAGUGUCUCUCAGGGCCAGUCCACACAGAGCAACGCCUAUAGUAAUAGUUAUGGUUACACACCUAGUUCCCUGGGGAGGGCUAUAGCUGACGGACAGGCGGGCUUCAGCAGUGACACCCAGCUCAGUAAGGUCCCGGUGCUGAGCAGCAUCGAGCAGGGCAUGACUGGGUUAAAACUGGGCACGGACAUGGGCGCUGCCGUCACCAAGACUGUCGGCUCACCCCUCGGGGGCACGUUGGGCAUGAGUAGUAUGGCGGCAAAUAACAUGCCUCCAUUGGUUAGUUCCUCUGCCCCCAAACCCACUUCCUGGGCGGCCAUCGCCAGGAAGCCGGCCAAGCCCCAGCCCAAGGUCAAGCCCAAAGCCAACAUGGGGAUGGGGACCCCUGCCAUUCCCCCGCCACCCAUCAAGCACAACAUGAACAUUGGCACCUGGGACGAUAAGGGCUCCCUCAACAAGCCCCCCUUAGCUCAGGCCAUGAUGCCCCCUCAGACCAUGGUGCAGCAGACCCUGAUGGGCCAGCCCCUGCUACAGAGCCCUCUGCCCCACCAACACCAGCACCAGCAGCACCACCAACCCUUUCAGCUGCAGUCCCUCCAGUCUCCCCAACACCCCCAGCAGAUGCCCCCAGGCCCCCCUCACCCCCACCAACACCCCCACCAGAACUUCUCCUCCCAGCCCGGCCCCCCUCAACCCAUGCAUCAACACCAACACCAACCCCCACCCCAGAACCGCUGGGUGGCACCCCGGAACAGGGGCACCUUCAACCAGGGAGGGGCGGAGGGCUUUGGGAUGGGUGUUGGUGUUGGUGGGGUCCCCCUCAGUGCCUCUCCCUGCUCCGGGGAGGUGCACCCCGUGUUGGAGAAACUGCAGGCCCUCAACAACUACAACCCCAAAGACUUUGACUGGAACCUGAAGAACGGCCGCGUGUUCAUCAUCAAGAGCUACUCUGAGGACGACAUCCACCGCUCCAUCAAGUACUCCAUCUGGUGCAGCACCGAGCACGGCAACAAGCGCCUGGACGGCGCCUACCGUUCGCUGGGGGCCAAGGGGCCCCUCUACCUGUUGUUCAGCGUCAACGGCAGCGGCCACUUCUGCGGCGUGGCUGAGAUGCGCUCGCCCGUGGACUACAACGCCUACGCAGGCGUCUGGUCUCAGGACAAGUGGAAGGGCAAGUUUGAGGUGAAGUGGGCGUUUGUGAAGGACGUGCCCAACAGCCAGCUGAGGCACAUCAGACUAGAGAACAAUGACAACAAGCCCGUCACCAACUCCAGGGACACUCAGGAGGUGCCUCUGGAGAAGGCCAAG